ACAUGUAGACGUGUGCUAAAUAAAAAAAAAAUAUGUAUAUAUACGCGCGAUGAAUCACAAAUUACACGCUUUAAUAUCCGUGAGAAAUGACGCGCUUUGUAUUUUGAACGAUUUUUUCCAUUGGUUGCACCGUUUCGUUGUGUACAGUUUAAAAUUCGAUAAUGUUUAAGUGAAGUGAAAACCGAAAAUCCUAAAAAUGAUAUGUUAAAUCGAAUGAAUGAAUUUAACUUUUACGUCAUCGCAAUAAUUUUGAUGAGUGCCAAUAAAUUACCACCUACGACAUACAUAUGUAUAAGCGACAUAAAUAUGUUUUCGUGAAAAUGCCGAAUUGAUAUCUAAAGUUGAGAACGUCUUGUGAAAGUAAUAUAAUUUAUUGUUAUUACGUUUUUUUUUUCAAAAUGGCAGAUCCCGAAAAUGCUGCACAAAAAGAAGUUAUUGAAGAGGAGGAGGGAACGGAAUUGGAACUAGAGGCAUUAUACAGAAGAUACUGUGUCCGACUCAAGCAUGCGCUAUUUGUGUCAGCACUGUGUGUUACGUUAGCGUGUUGCGUCACAUUGCUGACGAUCGUCUGCAUUCAGCAUUCACAAGAACUGUCAACGCAAGUGAAGGCCAUCACGACUCUCUCGGUCAUAACCUUCGUGCUCACGAUAGUUCUGUGCUUGGAGCUGCUGCCGGCUGCAGCAGAGUGUGAGACCUUGGCGCUAUCAGGCUCGUUACUUGUGACAGUAUGCCUUGGGGCUGGUACUCUUGUAGCAACCAAUCACGCACCGCUGCCUCUCUUUGCUUUGAUUUUGAUGGUGCACACGAUGAUGCCCAUAGCUAGAACGAUAGCGUUGGUUAUCUCUGCUGUCCUGACGGUCGCCUACGCGGCUUUAGCGGUCGGGGUGCGUCCCGAGACCGAAGUGCAUUUUUAUCAUCAGUUGGUGUGCGAGUUAGCGCUUCUGCUCUCCGCAAGUGGGAUCGGAAUGUACUACCGCGCGCUGACCGAGAGGGCGCACCGGAAUACCUUCGCCGGAACCAGGACUUGUCUUGAACAGCGUGUGAAGUUGGAGUGUGAGAGAGAGCAGCAGGAACGACUGCUUCUCUCCGUCAUACCAGCGUAUAUUGCUGCUGAGGUAAAACGUUCGAUUAUGUUGAAAAUGGCGGACGCGUGCGUCGACACGUCGAAGCAGACACGUUUCCACAAGAUGCACGUGCAGAGACACAACAACGUCAGCAUACUGUACGCCGACAUCGUGAACUUCACGCCGUUGUCGGAACGACUCAGCGCAUCGGAUCUGGUGAAGACUCUGAACGAACUAUUCGGGAGGUUCGAUCAAAUUGCACAGGAAAAUCAGUGUAUGAGAAUCAAGAUCUUGGGUGAUUGCUACUACUGCGUCUCUGGCUUGCCAGUUUCAAGACCUAACCAUGCUUUCAACUGCGUCAAUAUGGGCCUACAAAUGAUUGACGCUAUCAGAUUCGUCCGUGAAGCGACAGGCUUUAACGUGGACAUGCGCAUCGGAAUUCAUACUGGGAACGUCCUUUGCGGCGUGUUGGGACUUCGGAAGUGGCAGUUCGACGUUUGGAGCGAUGACGUCACGUUGGCGAAUCACAUGGAAUCCGGCGGUAUUGCCGGGCGUGUGCACAUUACGAAAGCAACGAUGCUUCAAUUGGGUGGAAAAUUCGAAGUGGAACCAGGAGACGGUGCGUCGCGUGAGGGAUACCUCGCUGAUCACAAAGUGGAAACGUACCUUAUUGUUCCUCCGAAGAAGCCUUCGGAAAACGGUCGCCUCUCCAUAUGCACGGUAGAUCGCAAAGCCAGUAUUGUUUCAUCGUUGUACCAAGAAACUUCGCCAACGAGAGCGAAAGACAACAUUAGUCCGGUACCCUCGCAGCACAGCUUCGUUGAAGACAGCGUCAAAGUUCUCAGAUCAGAGUCGAUGAGAGUGGAGCCAGCGCGAACGGAGUCCAUUAGAAUUGUCGGUGACCUGAGCCGAAGAGCUUCGGUAAGAGUGGACGGUCCAAAAUCAGUGGCCUUUGAAAGUGGUCAUGUGGCGACCAGCUCUGGUGAAGGCCUCAGCAAUGGAAGCGCGGUUGCUAUUAAGCCAAAGAGUCGAAGUGGUUCCAUUAUUGGAGCCAUCAGCCCUAUCAUGGGAACUGCUACUCCCGGGAUUCCUUCGCGAUCUCGUCCUUCGAGUAGAAUGACAAAAUACGUAGAAUGUUGGGGAGCUGACAAACCUUUCGCUAACAUAACUGAUUCUACUCUAGCGAAAAACAUUGGAAUCUCUAGCUUAGCAAUGAUCGAACAGAACUUACUGCCUCAGCGUACCAAUUGUUGUGAUUGCAGCAACAACACCGAAGGCAUAAACCGUGUGACGCUCUGGUUCAAGAACAGCAAUCAGGAACGACAAUAUAGGAACCAAUCGGACACGCAGUUCAAGUAUAACAUCGCCUGCGCAUCGCUACUGUUCACUUUAUUGGCAUUCACCCAACUACUCACCGUACCGAAGGGCAUAGUUCUGUACGCGUCGUUCGGUCCAACGUUUGUAACGUUGCUGGUAUUCGUGUAUUUGUCUUGGUAUGAUGAUAAUCUCUUCAAGAGGGGCCUCCGUCCACUCUCGGAUGUACCGAUCAUGGACGACUUAUACGCCGACACAUGCACAAAACCUGGACAGGUUGUAGCUAGCAAUCGCUUCAUAAGGCUUACGAUGUUCCUCGUGUCCGUCGCACUGAUUGGAGCCUGUGCGGUUAUCAAUUUGUUCCAAACGUACGUAUUCGAAGAAGAUUCAAUCGAAUUAACGAAUGCGACUGAAAACCGAAACAUAUCGGAGGAAUUCAACAUCAGCGCCGCACCGGUCGAAGAAUUGGCGAGGUUCAAUCAAUUCGAUUCGGCGCCGAGCUACGUGUAUAGCUCGGUGUUCACUCUGGCUUCCAUCUCGGUGUUCCUUCGGAUCGGCUACGUCCUCAAGCUGCUGAUGAUGUGCAUCACCCUCGCCGCUCACAUCACGCUGUUCGUCUCUGCCGAGGUCUUCAGCGAAUAUUUUAGCGGCGACAUGGAGUAUGAGUUCUCCAUGUUCCCGUACGCCGCGAAGACAGGCAUGAUCCUCAUAUUCUUGGCGGUGCUGCUGCACAUCCUCGACCGCCAGAUAGAGUUCACCUCCCGCACUGACUUCCUCUGGAAAGACAAGUUGAAGUUCGAACAGGAGGAAGUCGAGACUAUGAGAGGAAUUAACAAGAUUCUUCUUGAGAACAUCCUACCGGCUCACGUCGCUGAGCAUUUCCUCACGUCAGUCGCUUCAGAGGAGGACCUUUAUCACGAGCGCUACUCGAGUAUAGCGGUCAUGUUCGCUUCGAUACCGAACUACAAGGAGUUUUACGACGAGACCGACGUCAACAAGCAAGGGCUCGAGUGCCUGAGGCUGCUCAACGAAAUCAUAUGCGACUUCGACAAGUUACUCUUAAAACCGAAAUUUAGUUGUAUAGAGAAGAUAAAGACAAUAGGAAGCACGUACAUGAUUGCGUCAGGGCUGAGUCCCGGGAAAGAAGAGCAGAUCGAUGCGAAUACACGGGAGGAGCACACGGUCGCGAUCCUGGUGGAGUUCGCAUUCGCGCUGAUGACCAUACUCGACCAGAUCAACAGGGAGUCGUUCCAACGGUUUAAACUCAGAAUAGGACUAAGUCACGGGCCGGUUAUAGCCGGGGUGGUGGGUGCCCAGAAGCCUCAGUACGAUAUAUGGGGCAACACCGUGAACGUCGCAUCGAGGAUGGACUCCACCGGCAUCAUGGGAAAAAUCCAAGUCACCGAGGACACCGCUAAAGUCCUAAUGAACGCCGGAUACAAAUGCGAGUGUAGGGGACCGACAUACGUGAAGGGCAAAGGGACUCUUGUGACAUACUUCGUGAAAACGCCUAAUGUUGGUUAAGGAGGAUAUUAGUUCUUAAAAAUAUUGUAAUUUUAAUUAAACUUAAAGUAUCAUGUAGCAUAAUUUCUCAAUUUUUCGAUGUCUAGGCAUCAAAGACAAACUGACCAUAGAUUUUUAGUUUUAAAUAAGUAUCUUGUUUUAGUGUUCUUGCCAAAGUUAUUUUUAUAAGUACACAAACUACGAGUUUAGUCUUAUGUAAUAUGUAUGUUUAUUUCAAUUGUUAUUAUUAUUAUUAGUCCUAGGUUAUUAAGCUUAAUUAAUCCGAUUCAAAUAAAAGAAAUACGUUUUGAUAAAUCGAUUUUUUCCAUUCGAACAAUGUGUAGUAAUAACCGAUCAAAAUACUUCUUAAUCCAACUCUUCCUUUACGAUUAUGACCUUUUUGUUCUAAAUGAGCAAACAAGCUCAAAGCCCACCUGUGUGCUUAGUGCGAAUUUUUUAAUGUUCUCGACAGCGUAAAAGUUAGCUCAUAUUUGUAUGGAAUGAAAUCGUUUGCGUACGU